UUCAACUUGUCGUUAAAUUAAACGAGUCGUUAAAUUUUACUAAUCACUGCGUUAAAUUUAAUCAGUCCAUUAUCAUGUUGUUCAACUUGUCGUUAAAUUUAACGAGUCGUUUAAAAUUGUCAAAGUGUCGUUAUAUUUAAUCGACCUCAUUGAGGUUGAUUAAAUUUGAAUCAGUUGAUUAACCUCAAUCUAAGAUGGCUGUCAAUGUAUUGUUUCAACCACCUGUUGUAAGGAGAGAGCGACAUUUUCGUGGUUUUGACCCUCUUGAAAGGGAAUUUUCUGAUGAGGAGCUAAGGCAGAGGUAUAGAUUUGGCAGAGAGACCAUUGAGUACUUGUCUGAUUUAAUGAGAGGGGAUCUGGAGCGUGGGACAAAUAAGGAGACAGCCCUUUCAGUGGAACAACAGGUUAUGAUUGCCUUGAGGUUUUAUGGCAGUGGAUCUCACUUGCAAGUUGUUGGGGACACAAUGGGAUUUGACAAAUCAACUGUGUCUCGGGUGAUCGACCGUGUGACGGAGUUAUUAGUUGCCAGGAAGGACGAGUUCAUAUCGUGGCCAGAUAACCAGAGGAAGAACGUAAUAAGGGCUGGGUUUUAUGAAAAGGCUGGUUUUCCAAACGUGGUUGGAUGCAUUGAUGGGACCCACAUAAGGAUUACUGGGCCUAGCAUUGAUGAACCAGCAUUUGUUAACAGAAAGGGGUUCCACAGCAUCAACGUACAAGCCAUUUGUGACCAUGAAGGUAGAUUCACCAACAUCAGUGCUAGGUGGCCAGGAUCAGCACAUGAUUCUCAUGUUUUCAGAACCUCAGCCAUAGGACAACAUCUUGAGAAUGGAUAUCAAGGAAUUGGACAAGGUGUAUUGUAA